AUGGCGUCUCCCACUCUCUUGGACACCGGCGAGCUGAGUCCCAGCAACUCCCCCCAGACGGGCCUAAUUACCCCAACUCGAGUCGAAAACAUGGCCACGAAUAUACCCAACAGCAUGCCUUAUCCCACCCCCGACUCAUAUCUGCGUGAUCUUCUGCAAUGUCAUGAUCAGAGGUUAAGGCAACAGCCCAAUGCUGUUCAUGACGCAGAUGAUGCUGAAGCUCAGAUGGCCACGCUCGCCACCUCGCGGGUAUCGUAA